CGAAAGCUGUGCAUGCUGCGGAAGCGACGGCAUCGCUCGUUGCCCCAUUAGCAACAACAACACAUCGAGCAUUGACACACCAUUCAACACAGCAACACAGCAACAACAAGGCCGCACUGCGUGCGGGACUGAGGCUGAGGUUGGAUUUGAAGUUGGGGGUUUCCGGCGGCAAAAGUGCGUUUGAAAUUUCCAAAGUUGUCCCAAUUAAAGGGAGCAGCGCGACUAACAAGUUCAAGUUGGGUGUUUCUCCGUGCGAGCGACGCGUUAUCCCUGCGAACUCCUUUGUGCUCGCGGAAACUGGUGCGUGGCGGGCGUAAAAUUCGCCAGUGACUCCGCGUUAGGUCAACUGCUCCUGUGAACUACUGCGAGUGCGAAGGCAGGUUGCAGCCAACGGUGGCAAAAAGUAAAAGCGGAAACGUAAACCGAAACCGAAACGCCAGAGCCGCCAGAGGUAUUGAGAAUCCGGGAAAUCGAGAACAGGCAUCGGUAGUGACAACUGUGAGAUGUGCGGCUGCAUUGUCGUUUUGCCACCACUUUGACCCAAAUCGCAUUGCAUUCGCGUUGUGCCGGAGUGCGGGCUCUGCGGACGCCUAAUGGCUUAGUGCAUGAUCGAUAAGCAGCAAUCGAAGCUCGCGAGUGCCCCACAGCUAGACAUACGAAUUGAAGAUCCACCAGCAACUGGAAUCCUCCAAAGCAUCCGUUCCGGGCUCAGCCGCACCUGGUAGCGAUAGUAGUGAGGACGCAUUCCCUGGCUGCUAACAACGGACGGAGGAAGGACCCUCGGAGGACAUCACGUUGAAAACGAUUCAUCAUCGGCACUACGCUUCCGACAUUGUUCUUCGCAGGAGGCGGCAGGAGGCAGAACAUCCACUAGAGCAAAUUGAAUGUAAUUUCAUAAAAAGGCGAGUGUUAAUUUUUUGCCAGCCACACAAUACAAGAUAGAUACAGCCAGUGUUACACGGACCCCGACGUGGCUUAAUGUGCUAACACGCAGUGACAUGAAAAAUGAUGAAGACCGUGCUGCUUUUUUCCGCACCGACUCAAUAGAGAGGGAAGCCCGAAGAAAGGAGCUGCAAAUUUGUGAGGAGUGCGAGCGGCGGGAAAGCGCAUUGUGACUCGCAGGACAACAACGCAUUGACAGCCGACGGAGACACGGAGCUGGCAAAAAAGGCUGAGCUGCACAUCGCCAUCGGACCAGCAUCAUUUAUCAGCGACGCAUCGCAUCCCAUCGCAUCAACUAGCAGCAGCAGCAGUAGCAGCAGCAGGAGCGACCCGGCGAGGCAUAUGUGCGCCGGAGAUGCCGGCAUUGUGUGGUUGCCGUAGCUGAAAGGAUUCAGCGCGUUCAUUCAAAAACCCAUUAACCCUAAUAAGCAGCCACAAAAGCCAGUCAGACAAUACGAUCCGCCCGCCCAUCGAUGUGCCAGGACAAAGGGCGCGGACAGUAGGCCGUCAUCGGAGGAGAGGAACAACAGGGAAAUCACGGGCCUGGCGAGCAAGGGAGCAAGGAUGCCAAUGGUGCCGCCACGGCUGCUGCUGCGUCUGCGGCGGCCCCUGCACCUGAUGGAACUGCGCAUCCUGCUGCUCUGCCUGCCGACGCUGCUCCUGGCCACCACCCUCGAGCCAGAUCAAAAGUCAAUACUCACAGAUAACGAUUGGAAGAAGCUAUGGAUGCGCGGCGGUAUAAAUGGCGACUCAAAAUUGGAUAAUAAUCUCGAUUCGAGCGACAGUCCAAUGUUUGAAGACAGUGAGCUGAUGGCGCACAACACCACAGUCCAGCUGGGCGGCACCGCCUUCCUGGUCUGCAAGGUCUCCGGUGUGGACAGAGUGGGUGUAAAUUGGAACCAAAUAUCUUGGAUCCGCCGCCGGGACUGGCACAUCCUGUCGUCGGGGGCCCAGCUCUACACCAACGACGAGCGAUUCGCCAUACUGCACACGCCCGGCUCCAACAUGUGGACGCUGCAGAUAAAGUUUGUGCAGCGCCGGGAUCACGGCAUGUACGAGUGCCAGGUCUCGACACCGACUGGCAUCAUUUCCCACUUUGUGAAUCUUCAAGUGGUUGUUCCAGAGGCAUUCAUCCUGGGCUCCGGCGAGCUGCAUGUCGACAUGGGCUCAACAAUCAAUUUAGUUUGCAUUAUUGAAAAGAGUCCUACACCACCGCAGUACGUGUACUGGCAAAAGAACGAUCGCCUGAUCAACUACGUCGACUCCCGGCGCGACAUAACCAUUGAGACGACCCCGGGACCCCGCACUCAGAGCCGUCUGAUCAUCCGGGAACCGCAGGUCACGGACUCCGGCAACUACACCUGCUCGGCCAGCAACACGGAGCCGGCGAGCAUCUACGUCUUCGUUUCGAAAGGCGACAAUAUGGCGGCAAUCUCGCGGCGGAAGACCUCCUCGGCCGAUCGCCUGACGCACAUAUUUAGGUCGAUGCUGGCGCCCUGUCUCCUGCUGAACACGGUUGUUGUGAGACAUAUCUUCCUGACCUAAGCGGACCCACCUGCUGGCUGGCGAGGCGAACGGAAGGACGGAAGGACGGCGGCGAGGAAAUCCUAUUUAAGCUAUUUCAGUGUUAGAACUACGGCAGCCGAAACAGAGUUAAUAACUGAAUAACCCCAGUCUAGGAUAAUUGCUAAGCUAAGCUCAGUAAGAGAUGCGCACUCAAGUGUAAAAAUCAUGUUAAACCAAUCGUCGCUGUGUACUCGACAGUUAGUUACCCAUGCAUCCACGCCGGCUUGGAUGAAAAUUGGUUAUGUUAAUAACCUUCUUCCCAUUGAUUUUGUACAGUAUGUUUAAGGACUUCAGAGUAUGUGAGUUUCUUUUUGCGAGUUGCCGCUCGGUUAGAUUUCCACGAACUCCUCGUUUACCGCCAUCGAUGUUAUGUUAUGUAUAUGUGUAGUGCAAUUUCACCGAGUGAUUUCGGUGAGCAGCUGAAAGCUUAAACUUAUUUUACUUACAUGCCUUUGUUCGGCCAAGAUCAAUGCUUUGCGACCCAAAAAUGUUUACUGCGAGCGGAAAUUGCAUAAGUAGCCAAUUUAAGUCCAUUUAAUGAGGUACAUAUAUACACAAAUAUGAACAAAAGGGCAUUAAAGCGAUAUUAUAACUGUUACUAAUGGCUAAUUGAAAACUAAACAAAAAGCAGCGGGCACGUCCAGCCCAAAAGCCAAAAGGGGGCAUCAUCCAGAACGUUAACGAGCAUAAAAACGAGAGCAUCAACCCUUAUUAAUUAAUUAUGUUAUUAAGUUUGUAUAUACAUUUUAUUGCAAAUGGCACACCACUCACACGCACUCACAAGGGCUGGAAAAUUUAUUCAAAUUGUGUAAAUAAAAA